AUGGCGGCGGGUCGAGGGGAGUUCUUCCGGAGUCUGUGGACGGGUCUGGAGAGACAGUGUCCUCCAGGAGGACCAGGACCACCGCCGGGUCGCGGCCGUGGGAAGCACGGGCCGGAGAGAGGGGCUGCGGGCAGGAGCCCGCCGAGAGCCGCGUGGAGCAGCGCCCCCUGGAGCUUCGGAAGAGAAAGAGAAGAGAGAAACUGGAUCGAGACGAAACCGCCUCAGUGCAGAGAGGUGUACCUGGACACGCUGCCUACGGAGAUCCUGCUGAAGGUUCUCUCCUUCCUGGACGCCUCCUCCAUGUUCUGCAUCAGUCAUGUCUGCCAACUCUUCCGCCGGCUCGCCAACGAGGAUGGCCUGUGGAAGAGGAUUUACACCUCAGAGUUUGGGACUCAGACGUGGAGGCCGAAGUCGGCGCAUGAUGCAGGGAUGAAGGCGUGUCGGGUGGAGGAGGUGGAGGAGCAGCCCCUGGGACACUGGAAGAAGAUGUACUUCAGGACACUGGCUGGACGAGGGCUGAAUAAGUGGAAGAGAGAGCUGAGGGACAUCAGGCCGCACACGGGGCUGCCCCGGCAGACAGAGCUGGUCCUCAGGACCCUGAACGUGAGCUGGGAGCUGACGCUGUGCGACUGCUGGGGGGGGGAGGUCACGCUGCGGGAGAACCAGGUGCACUUCCUCCAGUCCUCGCUGGUCGUGCGCUGGAGCGAGGGCGUCUUCCCCAGCUACCAUCACAUCAGCAGCAUCCGGGUCCACGGCGUCAGGAGGGAGACGCAGAUGAUCCCCAGAGUCAGGCCCAGCUGGAGGUCUCAGAUUUUAAAGCUGGACAUGAAGACUGAGUCUCAUAGCUUCAUCGGCGGAGACAAACUCAUCAAGCUCAUACAUGUGUCGCCGUGCGUCAUCAUCGGCAGGUGGAGGGGUAAGAACUCUGUAGCCUUCAUCAUGGUCAGUUUUCACUUCCACAAGCUGGUGGAGAAGAGUCUGCUGGGAUCUCCGGCCCGCCUGUACACUGAACCUGUGGAGAACUCCGACCCUGCGUUGGACCCAGAGGGCUACAGUGUUCACUUCGUCCUGCACAGCCCCGGAGCCGAGAUCCUGUCGGAGCACUUCAGCCAAGUCCAAUGCCGCACAGUUCUGUUGGAGCAUGAACUUCUGGAGAUGACGCUCAUCGACAGCUCCGUCCUGCCGCAGCACAAACUGCUGUCUGGAAGCAUCAAGCUGCCGUGGAAGAGCGAGAAGCUGGAGGGCGCCGUGGAGAACUGCUGCAUCAUGACGCUGACGGUGCUGAACGGAUUAGUGACGCCGCUCUGGUGUGUCAGCACGCCCAUCUUCAUCAGAAUGGCGAAGAGGCCGCUGUCCGCCAUGUACUGCGGCGAGCACUUCCAGAUGCACCACGACGGCCCCGGCGGUAAGGUGAAGAUGAAGCUGGUGUGGGUGAAGGAGCAGAAGCAGUUUUUCCUCAUCAGCCUCAUCAUCUACAUUUAAUUUCUCAGAGUCAGUUUGUGUUGAUUCUCUCGUGCAGAAACUUUGAGUUUCUCUACUUUUUGUUUGUUUCACUGAAUCAGCGAAGUCGUCAGAAAAGAGAAGAUGUUAAAAGCUCCAGAUGUUUCAGCUUCUUUUGUUUAAAAAUGACUCGAAGAGUUUGGACCUUUUUUCUAUAGAAAAA